CUGUGUGUGUGAGACAGCGCGCGCCUCACUUCUCCGUUGUUACCGGACAGAUCAACAUGGCGGACCCGUGCUCCUUCUCGUGCGUCAGCAGCUGCGUCACCAAACACCUGAACCUGGCGCUCGCGCUGGACUUCGAGCGGCGCGUGAUCAGAGGGACGGUGGCGCUCACCGUGGAGGCUCUGCGGGACCGCUUCUCCUCUCUGACAUUGGACAGCCGAGACCUGCAGAUCAUCUCGGUGAGCGCUAACGGACAAGUGGCGCGGUUUACGAUGGGCCCUAAACACAGCUUCAAGGGGACACCGCUGGACAUCACACUGCCCUUUGACCUCUCCAGAGGGCAGCAUGUGAUCGUGGAGGUGACCUAUGAGACGUCUCCGUCGGCCACGGCGCUGCAGUGGCUUACACCUGCACAGACUGCUGGGAAAACACAGCCCUACCUGUUCAGCCAGUGUCAGGCUCAUCACUGCAGGAGUAUGAUCCCCUGUCAGGACACUCCUUCUGUUAAACACACCUACUACGCUCAGGUGUCUGUCCCGAAAGAUCUGGUCGCGGUGAUGAGCGCCAUGCGAGAUGGACAGGAAGUGGAUCCUCAGGACAGCAGCCGCAUCGUCUACAGGUUCAGACAACCGGUGCCCAUGCCUUCUUACCUGAUCGCCAUCGUGGCUGGCGCUCUGGAGAGCAGGGAGAUCGGGCCAAGGUCCAGAGUCUGGUCUGAGAAAGAGUUUGUGGAUAAAGCAGCGUUUGAGUUCUCCGAGACGGAGACCAUGUUGAAGACAGCCGAGGACCUGGCCGGCCCGUAUGUUUGGGGUCAGUACGACAUCCUGGUUCUUCCUCCAUCUUUCCCCUACGGAGGCAUGGAGAACCCCUGUCUGACCUUCGCCACGCCCACGCUGCUGGCAGGAGACAAAUCUCUGUCCAACGUGAUCGCUCAUGAGAUCUCCCACAGCUGGACUGGUAAUCUGGUGACCAACAAGACCUGGGAACACUUCUGGCUGAACGAGGGCCACACGGUCUACCUGGAGAGGAUGAUCGGCAGGAGUCUGGAGAGCGAACAGUUCAGACAGUUUAAAGCCAUGGGCGGCUGGAAGGACCUGCAGGACUCGGUGAACACGUUUGGAGCCAACAACCCUCUGACCAACCUGGUGCCGAGCCUGCAGGAUGUGGACCCUGACGACGCCUUCUCCUCGGUGCCCUACGAGAAGGGUUUCGCUCUGCUGUACCACCUGGAGGAGCUGCUGGGGGGGCCAGAGGUGUUUAUGGGUUUCGUGAAGUCCUACAUCCAGAUGUUUGCGUACGGCAGCGCCACCACCGACGAGUGGAAGAACUACCUGUUCACCUACUUCAAAGACAAGGUGGACGUCCUGAACAAGGUGGACUGGAAUGGCUGGAUGUUCACUCCUGGGAUGCCUCCAGUCAAACCUCAGUACGACACGGCGCUGGCAGACGCCUGUAUCGCUCUGAGCCAGAGGUGGAUCAAGGCCAAAGACUCGGACCUGAGCGCCUUCAAAGAGUCAGACGUGAAGACGCUGUCGUCCCACCAGAUCAUCGAGUUCCUGUCUCUGCUGCUGCAGGAGGAGCCCCUCCCUCUGACCCAUGUGAAGAAGAUGCAGCAGCUCUAUGAUCUCAACGCCAUCAUGAACGCAGAGAUCCGCUUCAGGUGGCUCAGGUUGUGUGUUCGGGCCAGGUGGGAGGAAGCGGUUCCCAUGGCGAUGAAGAUGGCGACAGAGCAGGGCAGGAUGAAGUUCACCCGUCCGCUCUUCAAGGAGGUGUAUAACUUUGAGAAGUACCGUGAGGAAGUACUGCGAGUAUUCAUGGCUCACCGAGCGGCGAUGCACCCGGUGACCUCGGGCCUGGUCGCCAAGGACCUGAAGCUGGACGCCAACACCGCCAGCCUGUAACCACGGCAACCAGCCUGUCACCACGGCAACCCAGAAAGCCAUUGUACCAGUCUGUACGAAGCAACAGUAUUGAACACGACGCCAGUAUCAGAAACAACCAAUCAGAGCUCUCCUCCUCCUCCGUUAGAUCAUCUUCAUUUGGGAUCAUUUCCUUUCUGUCUGUAAAUGUUGUCAGAAGAAAUAAAAUGGAUGUGAAGGAA